AUACACACUGACGUGGUGUAGGAAGAAUAUCAACAAUGACUAUUGAAAUUUUUAAUGUGAAGGACUUUUUUUUAUUCAUUCAAAUGGACAAUCUUUGCUUCUUUCAUAUCUUUAUAAUGACAAGCAAACCGAGAAAAGUACGUCCUUUUAUAAAAAAGAGGUGGGGCCAUCCUUGUACAAGGGACAUUUUCGCACGGGCACGUGAUUGUGUGCUUAUAUGCAUCUUGUAACCCUUUUUCUUCUUUCUUCUUUCUCUUUUAUCCAAAAGAACAACAAUGUCCCUCUUCUCCUCUUCUGCUGCUAGAUUGACUGCUAAUACACUUAAGAGACAGCUUAGAAGCUACUCCUCAAAGGUUGAUAGUAUCAAGAGAGUUGGUGUUAUUGGUGCUGGCCAAAUGGGCUUGGGUAUCGCUUACGUUACAGCAAACGUUACCAGACUCCCGGUCGUGUUGAUGGAUGUCAACUCAACGCAGACCGAGAAGGGACUACAAUUUAUGAAUAAACUUUUGGAAAAGGAUGUUGCUAAGGACAAGAUCACCGAGGAACAUGCAAAGUUAACGCGUGAGUUGAUAUCUACGACAGACAAAUUGUCCGGUUUAAGCGAUGUGGAUUUCGUCAUUGAAGCCGCAUCAGAAAACUUGACAAUCAAGACAGCCAUUUUCCGUGAAUUAGACAAGGUGUGCAAGGAAGACAGUAUUUUGGCCACAAACACCAGUUCAAUCAGUAUCACAAAGAUUGCUGCAGCCACCAAUAAGGCAGAUAAGGUCAUUGGUAUGCAUUUCAUGAAUCCUGUUCCUGUGAUGAAGCUAGUGGAGAUUAUCCCUGGCUUGGCUACUAGUGAUGUAGUUCUUGAAAAAACUCGUACUUUGGCAACUGCAAUGGGAAAGACGUGUACUGUUGUUUCUGAUAUUCCUGGUUUUGUCGCCAACAGACUCUUGAUGCCAUAUAUUAAUGAAGCUGUCAUGUUACUCGAAAGCGGUUUUGCUAGUGCAGAGGACAUUGAUACCACCAUGAAGUUAGGUACGAAUAUGCCAAUGGGUCCCUUGACAUUGGCAGACUUUAUUGGCUUGGACACAUGUCUUGCUAUUAUGAAGGUACUUCAUGAAAACACGGGUGACUCUAAAUAUCGUCCAAGUGUCUUGCUUCAAAAGUACGUUGAUGCUGGAUGGCUGGGCAAAAAGACUGGAAAGGGAAUUUACAAGUAUUAAUUUAUUGAAAAUAAAGCAAAAUAAUCUAGAG